AUGUCACUCGGAAAACAACCGUCAGAUCAUAUAAAGAGACCGAUGAACGCGUUUAUGGUAUGGUCCAGGGGACAGCGGCGGAAAAUGGCGCAAGACAACCCAAAGAUGCACAACUCAGAAAUAUCAAAAAGGCUAGGCGCGGAGUGGAAAUUGCUCACUGAGAUGGAAAAGCGACCGUUUAUUGACGAAGCGAAACGGUUAAGAGCGCUGCACAUGAAAGAACAUCCAGACUACAAAUACCGUCCGCGACGGAAACCCAAAGCGCUAGUCAAGAAGGAACCUAAGUUCAGCUUCAACAUUUCCGGUCUAAUGGCGCCGGUACCAAGGCUGGUGACACCGUUGCCGCAACCGGUACCACAGCUUCCGGUACCACAUCAUCUGUUACAAGAUAAACCGGAUUUGGGAAGAGCCCUCUUCCCACCUCUACCGUACCCGUUUUAUCCAUUCAAGAUUCCGUCCGAUGAUGGGAAAUUGGCUGCUGAACUUGCGCAUUUACAGGCUCUAUAUGGGGGAGCGCUAUACAGUUCAGCAUUAUACAACAGCGCACUAUCUCCUUGUGGGUGUCCCCCACGACGGUCUCCAUCACCUCCACCAGACGUCAAACGUCCAGUGGCAUACGUCCUGAUGAAAAGUGAUGAGGAGCCUCCUCAGCACGUCAUA